AUGUUGAAGUUCUUGUCGAAGGUGAGAAUCGAGUUCAACGCACUAGACCCACGAAUAGCCUCUUGCAUGGAAUUCUUGGCGCAGUGCAAUGCUCGCAAGGCCAAGGAAUCUAACCCGUCUUGCCAGGUCCAAGUCAAGCGCCGCACCGACGAUUAUCCGCCGAAGAUUACUGUUACCUUUGUCAACGGCGUUGAGGAAACUUUCGAUGCGACCUCGACCCCCGCCCAGAGCAUCCGCAACUUGAUUCUUGACAAGGGUAGUCUCCUCGAAACGGAGCAGAUGUUUCGCGAAGCUGGCGAGCAGUGGCCUGUUAUUGUACCUGAAGAAGAACUUCGCCAACCAUUCACCGGAAUUAAGCCAAGGAAAGCGGAAGAGAAGAAGCAGUGA